AUGACAGAUAUUAAAAUCACUCCAUUAGGCGCCGGACAAGAUGUCGGUCGGAGUUGUAUUUUGGUUUCCAUUGGAUCGCAAAACAUUAUGCUCGAUUGCGGAAUGCAUAUGGGUUACAAUGAUCAGCGACGAUUUCCCGACUUUUCGUACAUCACCAACAACGGUGAAACUCUUGACAGCUUUCUUGACUGUGUCAUCAUUUCGCACUUUCAUCUUGACCACUGUGGCGCUUUGCCAUUCAUGACUGAAAUGAUCGGCUAUUCAGGACCGAUUUACAUGACACAUCCAACCAAGGCAAUCUGCCCAAUUCUUCUGGAAGAUUUUCGUAAAAUUACAGUUGAGCGAAAAGGCGAAACCAACUUCUUCACUUCUCAGAACAUCAAAGAUUGCAUGCGAAAAGUUAAAGCAGUCAAUUUACAUGAAACCGUUAUAGUGAAUGAUGAUCUGGAGAUCAAAGCCUACUACGCUGGCCAUGUGCUCGGAGCGGCAAUGUUUCACAUAAAAGUGGGCCAGCAAUCAAUGGUUUACACGGGUGACUACAACAUGACUCCUGAUCGGCAUCUAGGCUCAGCUUGGAUUGACAAGUGCCGCCCUGAUGUUCUAAUCACUGAAAGCACCUACGCCACCACUAUUCGCGAUUCAAAGCGCUGUCGUGAACGAGACUUUCUCAUGAAGGUUCAUGAGUGUAUUGAAAAGGGCGGCAAAGUACUGAUUCCCGUGUUUGCACUUGGAAGAGCACAGGAGCUGUGCAUCCUUCUGGAGACUUACUGGGAUCGAAUGAAUCUGAAGACGCCCAUCUACUUUGCUAUUGGUUUGACAGAGAAAGCCACAAACUACUACAAACUGUUCAUUCCUUGGACUAAUCAGAAAAUUAAAAAAACAUUUGUCAAACGAAACAUGUUUGAGUUUCGACACAUUAAACCGUUUGAUCGAAACUUUGCCGACAACAAGGAACCAAUGGUUGUCUUUGCAACUCCAGGCAUGCUUCACGCUGGUUUGUCACUGCAGCUGUUUCGAAAAUGGGCACCUGACCCGAAUAACAUGGUAAUCAUGCCUGGUUACUGUGUCGCUGGAACAGUCGGGUAUCGCAUUUUGAACAAUGCCAAGAGAAUUGAGUUUGAAAACAAGCAAUUUGUGGACGUCAAGCUGCAAGUGCAGUACAUGUCUUUCAGUGCCCAUGCUGAUGCUAAAGGCAUUAUGACGCUGAUCAAGCAGUGUGAGCCAAAGAACGUAGUUUUGGUUCACGGAGAAAAGUCAAAGAUGAAGUUUUUAGAUGGAAAGAUCAAGGAAGAGUUUCACAUUGACUGCUUCUACCCAGCUAAUGGUGAAACGAUAAACAUUGCCACUCAAACGUCUUUGCCAGUUGACGUGGACGUGGCCUUCUUGAAGCGUACCAUCAACAAUGGCAUUUCUGAUCCAAAAAGGCAAAAGCUGAUGCACGGCACUUUGACUAUUCGCGAAGAUGGCGACAACUUUGAAUUUAAAUUAAACUCCACAGACAAGCUGAAUGAGUUUGGCAUAGAGACUUAUCAAAUUAAAUACAAAACUUUUAUCAGGUUUGCUCGUGAAUCUAACAUUGCAUUUCUAAGUCUUGAAGAAAUUACCGAAGUCAUCUAUACUAUGCUCAAAAGCAAGUUACACGACCAGCACUUUAUCUCUAAACCAAGCGAAACAAAAGUUCAAAUUUCAAACGUCGAAGUAUGUGUUCAAUAUGAUUCAGAUCGGGAACCAAUUCAAGUUGCAAUCAUUUGGCCUGAGGAGGAGGAAGCUUUGGGAAACUUUCUCCUUAGUUAUAUCCAAGGAUUGCGGCAACUCUUUAUACGAUCUACUACAACCAAGAGUGAAUAA